AUCUAUAGUCGUGAUCAAUGACGAACUGUAACCGUAUUGGAACUGAAAGUUUUGUGCUUGAUUAACUUCUUCGUUUGUCUUUGUCUUUGUUCGAAAGAACUUUGAUUUCAUGGAAUAAAGAACGAGCUGGGAAUGUUAAAGAGAUCCACACCAUCGACUUUUGAAAGUACGCUAUAGCCGAAAGAACAUCAAAAUACGCACAUUCGAUAUUUCCUGGGUGACGUCGGAAGCCUUAAGCCUCGGGAGCUUUGAAAUCUCCAAAGUCCCACAGGCAUACGUGUGAAUAAGGUUGAAAGUUCGUUCGUUAUAGUUUCUAGUGCAGUACAAACGGUUCGCGGUUUACCAGUCUUUCUUAAUUUGUGUUGUGUUCAAGUUGAAAGUUUAAAAUGAAACGAAAAAGUUACAGGGAAGAAACCCUUAAAAAAAAAAAAAGAAAAAGAAAAAAAAACAGUAUACUUUAUAAAAUGUGAAAAAAGUUCAGUUUAAGUAUAAAGUUUAAAAAGUUAAUAAAUAAAAAGUUCGUAACGUGAUAUAAAAGUAUGUUCAACGCGGUAUGGAAUGCGCGCGUUGUGCCUUCAAGAGCGAGUACUGCACGGGCUCUUUUUGACACAGGUAAGCUCAUCGAUGCCACAGAUGCAGAUUUUUCAGUGCUACAUUUGGUCCGUACGCCUAUAAAUUGACUUCUCAAGCAACAUGUCCGAUUCUGGAUCAGAAAGUUCCUCGUCCGAUGGUUACAAUGGGCGAAGAAAUCAACUUAGCACCGCAGACGACGUGACUUCAUCGCGCUUUUCCCAACGAUCAUCCCUCUCUGGUAGGAAGUCUGGUACGAGUUCUAUUUCUUCCAGAGGAAAAUCACCUACUUCUGUCGGAUCUGGUCAGGAAUCUAAAUCACCGAGAUCCAUGCCAGCUUCUCCAAAAUCGCAGAGAUCAGAGUUAAUGUCUCCUAGCGAAGAAGGUUCUCCACGAUAUGAACGUAGUUUAUCGAAGUCUCCACCUGCCUCUCCUAAAUCAUAUCGCUCGGGCAAUAAUUCUUUGGAUUCGCCGCGUACUGAUCGUAGUUCGUCAAGGUCACCUAUUCGAGAUGAAAGAUCCUGUCUGUCGACACCCAACGAUUCUAAAUCUUUACUUUACGGAGAUUCAGAACCAAAGUCUUACGAAUUCGAUGCGGAUACUCAAAAAUCCAGAGAUAAUUCACCAAAAUCACUUUCGUAUAGAAAUAGCGAAUCUAGACAGAGUUCACCAAAAUCACCAAGAUCAGGACGUAGCUCGGCAAAGUCUCUCAUAUCCGGAAGAAGUUCACCAAAAUCAUAUAAAUCUGGUCAAGCAUCCCUUAUAGAUGAUCAUGAAUCUGAUAAACAUUCACCUGGACAAUCUCCAGUAAUUAAAAAUGGCUCUUUUAAUGAGUUGGAUGGAGAGCAGAUCUCAGAUGGAGAUAUAGAUGAUGAACCAGAACCUAUUAUUAAAUCAAAACCUACUCCAAUAUCUCAUGGAGAAGAUUUGUCAGACGUAUCUGAUCUUGAAAGUAUGGAGGAUGGCGCUGAAGUAUCCAUGGAUCGCGAAAGGGAGUCUAAUGAAGAAAAAAGGGACAACGACGAACAAAGUAUGAAAAACGAUGAUAAAAUUGUAAAGGAAGAGAAAACUGCUACCGUUAACAUAGAGGAGAGCGAACAGCUCGAUUUUGAAGCUGAUGGUCAAUGGAAGGAUGAACGCGACGAAGGAGAUGCAGAUAUACCUGCGAUAAAGGAUCAUAAAGAUAAAUCAGAAAGAGACAUAAAAGAUAAAGACAAAGAAAAGGAUAAAGAUAAGGACAAGGAUAAAGAUAGAGACAAGGAUAAGGAUAAGGACAAAGAAAAAGAUAAGGAUAAGAUAAAGGGAAAGGAAACCGGGGAAGCAAACGAUAAGGAAGAGGGAGAAGAAGAUGGUGACAAGGAAUCAGAAUUAGAAGAAGGAGAACUUAGCGAUGGAGAUGAUGCUCGGCCGGAGGAAACAGAACCGAGACCAGUUUGUAGAUUUUACAAUAGAGGACAAUGCACGUGGGGUGUUAGCUGUAGAUUCUUACACCCUGGCGUUACUGAUAAAGGUAAUUACACCAUGUUUGAUAUGGUGCGACCAAUGGCCUAUCCACCACAUGCUGCCGCACCUCAUGAAUAUCGAGCACAUAUCGAUAGACCGACUAUCGUUCGACCAUUGACCGGUUAUGGUGGUGCACCACCUCACACACCGAAAGUAGAAGAACUACCUACUGAAUCUGCUUGGGAGCGAGGAUUACGGCAUGCCAAAGAAAUGAUGCGUAAGGCUAACAAACGCAAAGAGUCCGACAUGGAUUUCGAAGAAAAAAAGAUGAACUUAAGUUUAGGACAAGAUGAGUUGGAUCGUGAAGCAGGAUAUUACGUACGAGCUGCCAGUCCAGAACCACCUGUUGAAAGGUGGCCACCAAGAGAACCACCGCGAAGGAUACCACCCCCGAGAAUUACACCUGAACGAUACAUUGACGAACCAGAAACUUAUUAUCCACCUCCUACAACACCUUCUGAUUAUUAUCGGAGAGUACAUUACAAGCCAGAUUCUCGUACUCCUGCUGAAUAUCGAGAACGUCUUGAGUAUCAUCCAAUUCCACACAGCACACCGCAUUCUGUCUCACCGCCUCCGCAUUCCCGGGAACGAGAGAGAGAUAGAGAACGCGAACGAGAUAGGGAACGUGAAUAUUACGAGAAAUACGAGAAAAAGCACAAGCGACCGUCUAGAGAAGUCAUAGUGGAACGCAUACCACCGACUAAAACUUGGCGCGAAGAGGAACCAGCACCUAUGGAAAGAGGAAGAGGCGAUGAGUGGGCAGAUCCAUGGAUGCGACGUAAAUCACCAAGCACCGUACGCCGCAAUACAACCUCGUCCAGACGUUCUCGAAGACAAUCUUAUUCCUCGGGAUCUUCUUAUUCAUCGACCAGUUCUAGCCGUAGCUCGAGCCGAUCUAGCUACAGUUCUUACGACUCCCUAUCCAGGUCCCGUUCACCUACUCCUCCCUCUAGAACCCGCAGCGGUGGAAAAGGGAAAGCAACGGUCCCUUCACCACCUGCAAGCGCCGCAGCCGUUCCUUCUGGGGCACCACAGCGUGGUGCUAUGUUAAUGAACCCACCGGCUCCUUCUCCUCGUCCACCCAAAGGCUCCAUCUCUCCUACUACUGGAACGCUUCAUCGACGUGCCGGAUUGAAUCCACCAGCGCCAAGUCCUUUAUCGUCUCAUCAACGACAUCAUGAAAAAACAAGAGAUAAAGCAGCCAUUGCUGCUGCUGCAGUGGCUAAGGUUAUCAAAAGUAGAUCUAGAUCUAGAUCUUCUCAUAGUAGUUCCGGUUCGGAAAGUAGCGGUAGCAGUAGCGACUCGAGCGAAUCAAGUUACUCGUCGUCUUCCAGUGAAACUCGUAAAAGGAAAGAUUCUACACCUCCUUUAACUCGCAAAGAUUCCAAAGCUAUAGAUGCUUUGAAACUUAGCGGUGCGAAGCAACAGAUAAAACUUACUUUGAAGCCUACAAGCAACGUUUCAACGACGAAGAAAAUUGAUCGCUCUACGAUAAUGGCUGGGAAGAAAAGAACCAUUGAAUCUCCACCUUUGAUCGAUAGCAAGGCGAGUGUUGCUGCUGCUGCUGCAAAAGCUGCUAAAAAGGCUAGUUCACGUCGGGAAGAACUAUUGAAGCAACUUAAAGCUGUGGAAGAUGCGAUUGCUCGGAAAAGAUCGAAAGUUUGAAGUCCUUCACACAGGCUGCGCUUCGUUUCUUGCUUCGUCGACUGACACGAUGUUAAAUGCAUAAAAAAUAAGUAAAUAUUCGUUAGGGUUGAUGCAUAAUUAGCCAUAUAAUAUCGGGGAUAUAUAAUAAUAGAAACACAGAAUGGUGCGUGGAUCAACGACGUUUUCAAUUUUUACGACGAAUAUCCGAUCUGGAUAAAAUCUUUCAUUUCUUUUUUUAUUCAAUUUUGCUUGUUUAGUAGUUGAAAUUAUCAUCGUCAUGGUUUUCUAGUUUCCUUCAUUUUUCAAAUCGUACCUUCGUAACUCUAAGUAACGUUUUUUAUUAAUAAAAUCUCAGUAAGAGUUUUCAAAGGAACACGUUCAGUGAAGAUAAAGCAAGGACUGUAGAAUAAAUACAGAAGCGCGUGUACUACGGAUACUAUCAUAUAUCGCGAAUAAAAGAUAAAUGCGUAACUUAUUUUUGCUUAUCCUAUGAUUGUCUAGAUUUCUUCGUACAUACAUAUUGCAUACUUUAUCAUUUUUGAAAGAAAAAAUAUAAGUGUCAUUAUAUGACAAUAAAUUGUCGCUAAAAUGUAUAAACGUUUCAUCUAUUACUUUCAUUUUGAAGCCAUAAGCUUGUAUCUCAUAAAAAUAACUCUGAUUGAUAUUGCAAAUAAAUCGAUCGAAGUUUAUUCGUCUUAAUUGUUCUUGCCAGUAAGAGGAUCAAAGGAUAUCAUCCUAUAUUUUGGUUUUUAUGAGUUCAAGCUCGAAAACUGAGAUCAUUAUCGAAGAAAGUAUUUACUUAUCAGUCUUUCUGGUUAAGAAAAAAUUUCAAUAAGUUGUAAUAAAAGAGAUAAAUUUAUUAUUACAAAAAGUGCGCAUCUUAUACAUAUUGUUAAACACGCGAUGAUACGAUAUCGUAAAAAUUCUUAUAGAUCGACCGAUAUCUUCGUGUUUUUUUUUUGCAUAUUAUUAUAUUACUCUAUUCCAAGUAAUCUGAUAGAAGCAAGGGAUGAAAUUUAUAUUGAAUAAGCAUGGCAUUUGAAAA